UGAAUGCUGUGAUCAGACCCAAGGUGUUGUGGAUCAAACAUUGUUAACACUUGACAUGCCUUCUUCUCUGCCUUUGAUUCAACAGCCUGGCAGGAAGUAGGAGUUAGUCAGAGGAGUGGGGAGCAGAAGACGACAGGACAUCUCACCUCUGAUUGGAUAACAGCAAUGUAAGACCAUCACUGACUCCGUUUGCUCUGCAACAUUGAUGCUUUAUCUCUACAAAUAACACAAGUCUGGAGGAGUUCUGCCAUGUGGUGGAGUUGCUAUUACUAACGGUUAGCUUCUACGAGCACAGACAUGCUCUGCUCUUUCCUGGACACCAAAUCAAUGACAGCCUUCAUCCUUGUGAGUCAAGACAGGUGAUUCAUUGUGAUGUACAUCUGUCAGGCUUUCUUAAUCCAAGGCUUUGUCUGUCUAAUAAAGCAGGAGAUUGGAGUAGGAGACUAUUUUCAGCCUGCAGGUGAACCUCAAAUGAGCUACACCUGGAGUGGACGCUGGCGCGUUUUUUCAGCCGCUGCUCACCGGUGAUUUUAACGUGAUUUUAUCGUGUUUAACAUUUUCAUGGAGCACUAGAUUGUAGUUUUCCUAAGUGGGUGUUAUAUUUUUUCUGCCUCCCUUGGAUCCUGUUUGGUUGUCAGUUUGUUGUUUGGGUGUACAAGCGGACUAAACCUACCUCUCACUCCUCCCGGCUGUUGACCCGCUGCUAUCGGCUAGUUGCCCACCGCUGUUCAUCAUGUGGGCCUGCAAGUUAUUUAUCUGGUUGACCCUCCUCUGGUCUGCCCUGUUCCUUCUCCUCCAACCUGGGGCAGCUCUAUUCCAGUACACGGCGGCUGAUCUCCUCCUGCUACGCGGGCAUCUCUCUGUGCCUCCGCCGGUAGCAUUACAGCUCCACCCGGAGAUCGUCCUUCCUCCCCGCCGGAGAUACAUCCAUCGUGGGUCUCGCCGUAACUUCCAGCUGGAUAACUCUCACUCAAUCACCUCAUACUGGUCCACAACUCGUUGUCCUCGCCUCAACACUGGCCGGACUGUGGACCUUCGCUCGCUAGCCAGCCUGGCGAAGGCGGCAACCUCCAACCACAACAACACCGUCAACUUCGGCCUCCUGAAUGUCCGCUCUCUCACAAACAAGGGUCAGCUCAUUCAGGACCUCAUCACCGACCGUAAACUGGACUUCAUCGGGCUCACUGAGACCUGGCAGCAACUUAACGACUUUUCCCAACUUAACGCUUCCACUCCCCCCAACUUUGUUUACCUAUCCUAUCCACGUGUCUCCGGUCGCGGGGCCGGUCCCGCGCUGCUCUAUCGCGAGAAGUGGAAGGUGCUGCCUGUCCCCACUCCUGUCUUCAGCUCCAUGGAAUCUUCUGUUUUUCAAAUACCCGGUCCCACUCCUACAGUUACUGCCUUGAUCUACCGCCCACCCAAGCCCAAUAGUGACUUUUUAAGUGACUUCUCCUCAUUACUCACCCAGCUCACUACCCUUUUCCCCAGUGUCAUUCUGCUUGGUGAUAUAAACAUUCAUAUGGACAACUUGAACCUCCCCCUCACCAGAGACUUCUCCUCCUGCUUCAACAGCUUCGAUUUUCAAACAUAUUCUAAUUUUCCCACGCACAUUAAAGGUCACGCUCUUGAUUUAAUCUGCUGUUCUGGUUUAACCCCAUCUAACUGUUCUGCUAAUGAUGUCCAUAUAUCGGAUCACUUUUUUCUGUCAUUCAACAUCCCCCUCUGCUCUUUAAGAACUAAGCCUAUCCGUCACAUCUCAUUCCGCAAUAUCAAAAACAUUAAUCCAGACACCCUGUCAUCUAUUAUUAACAUUAUAUCCACCCCUAGUUCUGCUUCUCCUGACCAUUUAGUUUCUCAUUAUAACUCCACACUCCACACUAUCUUGGAUUCUCUUGCCCCAGUCAAAACUCUGUCCGUCUCCCUUACUAACUCUGCCCCAGGUUUACCCCUGAACUCCAACGGAUAA